AAAAAGAGAACAUUACUGAAGGAGGGGAAGACCAAAAAUCUUUUUUCUUGAUAAUUCUCCUUAAUCCUCUCUCUCUUAAGCACCUAACCCUAAUUCAUCAAGAGAGAGAGAGAGAGAGAGGGAAAUGGAGGCCAACACUGAUGUCGGAUCUAAAGAGAAGCUCAUCAUCGACACAGAUCCUGGAGUUGAUGAUAGCAUGACCAUUUUGAUGGCUCUGCAAACACCAGAAGUAGAAGUCAUUGGUUUGACAACAGUGUUUGGUAAUUGCAGUACAACAGAUGCUACCCGCAAUGCUUUACUCCUGUGUGAGAUCGCAGGGUUCCGUGAUAUUCCAGUUGCAGAGGGUAACCACGAAACACUAAAGGGAGGAAAACCCCGUUCUCGUGCCCAUCUACAUGGAUCUGAUGGUAUGCGCAAUUUAUUUCUCCCGCCUCCUUCGGGGCAAAAGGUUGAAAGUAGUGCAUCCAAGUUUUUGGUUGAUAAGGUUUCUCAACAUCCUGGUGAGGUCUCUGUGCUUGCGCUGGGACCUCUGACAAAUUUAGCACUGGCCAUCAAAAGAGAUUCAUCAUUUGCAAGCAAGGUGAAGAAGGUGGUUAUUCUCGGUGGAUCUUUCUUUGCAACUGGCAAAGUUAAUCCUGCUGCUGAAGCAAAUAUUUAUGGGGAUCCAGAAGCAGCUGACAUAGUCUUCACAUCUGGAGCGGACAUUGUUGUUGUGGGCGUUAAUAUCACAACUCAAGUAACUCUUUCAGAUGCAGAUCUCUCCGAGCUAAGAAAUUCCAAAGGAAGGCAUUCAAAGUUAGCAUGUGACAUGACUGAUUUCUACAGGAAGUGGCACUUGAAGUCUGAUGGAGUCCAUGGAAUUUUUCUCCGCGAUCCGGUUGCUUUCACUGCACUACGUAGACCGGAGCUCUUUACUUUCAAGAAGGGAGUUGUAAGGGUUGAGACACAAGGCAUUUGUGUUGGGCACACAUUGAUGGAUCAGGGAUUGAAGAAGUGGAACGCUGAUAAUCCUUGGACAGGCUAUUCUCCGGUCUCAGUUGCAUGGACUGCUGACGUGCCAAAAGUCGUUUCCUACAUUAAGGAGCUACUAAUGAAACCCUGAAACCUAUUUGUUGUGGCCCUCUUUGGGAUCUGUUGUUCAAAAACUUAAAACGCUGUAUGAGGGACAUCAAGUCCCUAAUUCAUGUUACCAAACUGCUGUUUGAAAGAUUUACUCGUAAAAUUUUAUGUUCGACAAGUUACGAACU